GGAGCUGCCCGGGAGUCAUAGGUGCCCAGCGUAGCAGGGUUGAGACUGAACAGCUGAGAGGGACGUACCCGUAGCCAUGAAGGAAGAGAAGGAGCACAGGCCUAAGGAGAAGCGAGUAACCUUGUUAACGCCCCCGGGCGCCUCUGCCAGUAGCUGUGGGACUUCGGGGGACAGCGCGAAAGGGGAAGAUAAGCAGGACCGCAACAAGGAGAAGAAAGAGGCGCUGAGCAAGGUGGUAAUUCGAAGAUUACCUCCUACUCUGACCAAGGAGCAGCUUCAGGAACAUCUUCAACCUAUGCCUGAGCAUGAUUAUUUUGAGUUUUUUUCUAAUGACACUAGUCUGUAUCCUCAUAUGUAUGCCAGAGCAUAUAUCAACUUUAAAAACCAGGAGGACAUUAUUUUGUUCAGGGAUCGAUUUGAUGGUUAUGUAUUCCUUGACAAUAAAGGUCAGGAAUAUCCUGCUAUAGUAGAAUUUGCACCUUUUCAAAAAGCUGCAAAAAAGAAGACUAAGAAAAGAGACACUAAAGUUGGGACUAUCGAUGAUGAUCCAGAAUAUAGGAAAUUUUUGGAGAGUUAUGCCACAGAUAACGAGAAAAUGACAUCUACUCCAGAGACACUGUUAGAAGAAAUAGAAGCUAAAAAUAGAGAAUUAAUAGCUAAGAAGACAACCCCGCUUUUGAGCUUCCUGAAAAACAAACAGAGAAUGAGAGAAGAGAAAAGGGAAGAAAGAAGGCGACGAGAAAUAGAACGAAAAAGGCAAAGAGAAGAAGAGAGAAGAAAAUGGAAAGAAGAAGAGAAACGUAAAAGAAAAGAUAUAGAAAAGCUGAAGAAGAUAGACAGAGUUCCAGAAAGGGACAAAUUAAAGGAUGAACCAAAGAUUAAGUUGCUCAAGAAACCAGAAAAAGAUGAGAAAGAAUUGGAUAAAAGAGAAAAAGCCAAGAAACUGGACAAAGAGAAUCUGAAUGAUGAAAGAGCCAGUGCGCAGAGCUGCACCCUGCCCAAGCGUUCUGACAGCGAGCCUAAAGAUGAGAGGCUGAAGAGAUCUGAAGAUGAGAGUGGCAGAGACUACAGGGAGAGGGACCGUGACUAUGAAAGAGAGCAGGAGCGCAUACUCAGAGAGAGAGAGAGACUGAAGCGGCAAGAAGAAGAGCGCCGCAGGCAGAAGGAGCGCUAUGAGAAAGAGAAGGCUUAUAAAAGAAAAGAGGAAGAAGUUAAGACCGCCCAGCAAUGCAGCUUUACCAACCAGGAGCUCGAAGCCGAAAUCGACUGUGUGCCUCUGAUGACAGCACCAAGUCCACAGAUUCAGCAGUAG